AGCUGGAUACUAAAAACUUUCACCGUGAAGAGAUACGUGGUGAAAAAUAUAUGGUCACCUCAGACUGAAGGCUUUUCUGCCGGUAUGUUGCGUGUUUGUUUGUUUGUAUGUGUUGAAGACUCAGUCACGGCAAACUUGUACAUUCAGGUUUUGAUAGUUUUUUGACCAUCUCCUGGCUGUAGAGGACUGCAGGAGAAGAAGAAGCGGACUCAGCGGACAGUCAGUCAGGAUUGUUUGUUGAUAUAGUUCAGACUUGGGUUUGAUAACAGUGACUGGGUGUGAGAUACACAAGUCACGCACUAGUUAAUGGUCAGCUGUAAAAGAGUAAAUUUGAUUUACUCUUCUCACUUGUCGCCAAAAUUCAUUUUUAGGUUAGUUAGGAUUAGUAUCUGAUAUGAGUAAAUAUUCAAUUUUCACAGUCCAGUAUAAACUCAUGAAAAAGUUGUUGUUUCUUUUCUUUUUUUGAUGUAGUUUCGCACUAAAAUUCAAGUAAAAAGUGUAAGAAAUGACUGUAUGAUAGAGACAUAACAGUUUAUAUCCUCUUCUGUCUGUCUGUCUGUACCAGGCCCUCUACCAUUGGAGAGAGUGUGUGUGUGUGUUUUGGACUCCAUUGGAGUAUCUAGCUGUGUAUGACUCCAGCAGGAGUUUCUGGUUACAAGCACUUGAGUGAUCUUUAACCCAGAUUUGCUCUGUGACUGCAGGUCGGUCAAUAUGGGAGUAAGCAAGGCACUAUAAUGUUGAAAAGGGUCAUCACCUCGGGCUAUUUAAAUACAGUCAUAAAUGUUAUCUUAAAUAAGCAUUAAGUAUUGGAGAACAGGGUAGACUAUAAACGGUUUCAACAGAGGACAUUUAGGUUUAACCAAACCAAACACUGCGCCUCUGUAGGGUAUCUAAUGUGGCCAACAUACCACUGACUGUGUUCUGUGUGUUCCUAUAAUCUGACCCUAACCAUGGGUACAGUUAACUGAUAAAAGGCAACUUUGCAAAAUAAAGAAAUAUAUACAAGCUUACUUUCAUUGCUCUUCCACUCUUUAAGAAGCGGCUCAAGGCUCACCUUUUUAACCAGGCUUUUUACUAAUUGCCUUUUUAUAUUUCUCUUAUUGCAAAUGUUCAUUGUAAUCAAAGUUCUUAUUGUUUAUUUAUGUCAUUUUAUUAAUUAUCUCUGUUCUUAGUCUUUUUCUUAAAUCCUGUCACAAGUUUUAACUUCUUUCACCCCCUGUUUAAUAUAAUAAAAAGCUCUAAUCUAUCUGUUCAUUUAAUAUUACUUUCUUGUUUUAGUCCAUCAGGUUUUAUUCUUUCUUUUUACCAUUUUUGUUUCAAUUUUUAUCUCCAGUGUUUCCCAGAGAUAGCUCUUUCCUCAGGCCAUGUCUCUCUAACAAUAUAUCUUAAAUUCUCACACUGUGUGCGGAUGUGUGUGUGUGUGUGUGUGUGUGUGUGUGAGGGUGGGUGUGUGCCUAUGUGUGCGUGUGGGUCCAUGGGUGUGUGCGUGGGUGGGAGGGUCGGGUUUUAUUGUCGUCAAUUGUUGUUUUUAGCCUCCGUGAGGCACUUUGAACUGCAUUUUUGUAUGAAAAGGGCCGUACAAAUAAAGUAGAAUUUCAAUUUGAAAAGAAUAUUACUGCAUGAUUUUGAGAUUUUGUAAGCAUACAUAGAUAAAAGAUCACUUAAUAUUGAUGAAUUUUUAUUCACCUGCUUCUAACAGUGUGCAAAUAUUAUCUGCGCUUGUCAAGGUAUAUAUAUUUUCUCAGUUGGCAUUAGUCUGAAGGGGUGACUAAAAGCAAGCCUGUGCUUCAUCUGACUGCACCAAAACAGUGAAAUAGCACAGCUAUUACACUCAGGUCUCCAUGCAGCAAUUAACCCUUUAAUGCCUUUUGUAUCAUAUUUGAUACACACUUUUAUAUUCUUCUAUCAAAUCAAUAUGAUCAACAAAUUACAAAAAAACACCUGAAUACAGUCCGAUGAAUGAUAAAAGUGCCCUCUUGUAGUUUAUCAGUUUCCGAAAACAUCUAAUGUAUUGAGAAAACGAGAUAAAUAAAUAUAUUUGUUAAAUUUUUAGGACAUUUAGAUUUUUUUGAUUUUCAGUAGUAAAUGAAAUUAACAUUUCAGCUCUCCCCCCAAAAAAUGGAAUUUCCUGGCCAUAAUUUGUGGUUUCAGGCAUUAAAGGGCAGCCAUGAUUACAUACUUAAAGAGAAAAGAUUGAUUGUUUAUUUCAAUAUUUAUUUGAUUAAUUGGAAUAUAUUUUCACUUAUGUAAUGUGGUUAUGGCAAAUGCUCAUAUUACAAAGUUUGGUAAAAAUAAAAUUGACUUUGUAGCUCUGCAGUGAAAAACUAUUACUGAAAAUUUAUCAAGGUGAAGCAUUAGUAACAGAAAGACUUUUUAUUCACAGCCAACUCAGACCAUCUUCCACAUCUUAACAAUCUUAUUUCACUAAUGAGUCAGUGUUACCUUGCAAAUUUGAUUACAAGUGGUUCUGUUGCCUCAUUUCAAUCCUGUCAUAUUAUAUUUACAGGCAUGGAUAACAGUGAUGAAGAGGGAAGCUGCAGUAUAUACCCAGUAUGUCAUUCUACAACCAUUAUUUCAUUUUACUUCAUAGUAUUUAUGACAAUUUCCUUGGUACAAGAUUAUAAUUUUACAGUCUUAUGCAUCAAAUAUGUAAGAUAUGAGAAAUAUCUUGCAAUGCUUGGUGGUUUUAGCAAGAUUAUAGGUAUGUGUUACAAAAAAGAGAUGUCAUGAUAAAGUUGUUGUUUCAAGUCUCCUAAACGCAUCCUGCUGGGAUGUUGAGAUGGUUUCAUACUCUCAGACUUCUUUCUGUACUCAAUGUUCUUUCCAGACCCUGGUUCCACUGGGCAGUGGGAUCAAGGACACAAUGGAGAGGUUUAUGGAAGAAAGGACAGAAGCAAAUAUGGUGACUAUUAUUAGUUUGACUGGGGCUUUUUUUACACGUUUCUUUUUUUCCUACUUAAAUAGAUGUAAUAAAAACACUGGGAUGAAAUUAAGUGAAUACAUGUUUUGCUAAAACAUGACCAAAAUGAGAAAAGUUAGAAUCUUUGAGAAGGUAUAGAUUAUGCUUGUAUUGAUCAACUGAAUGAUAUUAAUAAAUGAUCUGUGUGUUUUUUUCUUCCAGUGGACAGCAGUGCUGAUUGGAGCUGUGACGGUGAUUUCUGUCGUUGGAGUUGUUGUGUUCCUUCUGUACAGGAGAUACAAACGGUCAAGUCAGUGUCUCACACACCAUCCAUCCUGCUCUGUUUCAGACUUAACACUUUUUUAAGCAAUUUUUAAAGUGAAACAUUUCACAAACACACUCAUGUAUACCGUAACCCUGGUAGGUCACUUUAGCUCAGAAGAUGAAGACACAUGUAAAUGAAAAAACACGCAAAAAUGAAGAACACCGAGAACAUGGUGAAAGCAGAAUGAAGAAAAAAAAUAUGAAUAAAGACAACAGGUUCAAAUAUCAACAAAAUGCAAUAACACUUGAUAAAUACAUGAAGAAGUAGGUGAUAAGAUGUUCAACUAGGCUUUUACACAAAUGUACAGUAUGUUAUUUAGUUUUGCUUUGGUAACUGCUGCACAUUUAGAAAUAAAUGGACAUGUUCUCUUCUAUUUCUGUGUUUUUUUCCUUUAUUAUUGAGAUCAUAUGUCAGUAUGUUUCCAAGACAAUAGAAACAGUAUAAGAGUUUAUACACGCAUGCAUGAAGGAGUUGUGUAAAAUGGUCUUAUGGAGGAUGUUUGCUCUGUGUUUAGAGGAGGAGGCCGGUGUCCCUCACUAUCGCUUCAGGAAGAGGGAUAAGGUGAUGUUUUAUGGUCGGAAGAUCAUGAGAAAGGUCAGUAUCAUGUGAAUGUCCCACUCAGUCUUUUAAUCAUACAGUGAGGACUUUUGAAUCAGUUUGACUUUUUCUUUCUGCUAGAAUCUGUUUGGAGAUUGUUGUAAGAUAUUUUAAGAAUCCUAUAAAGAAAAUAUGAACGAGUGAAUAAAAUGCUUUCUAUAUGCGUUGUUAAGAUGCCCCAGAAUUACAUGUCAUGACUUGAACCAAAGUUUGAAAGUUUCUGUUAAUAUUUAUGUAUUUAUAUUACGUUGCUGGAUUGCUUGUUGGGCACAAAUCCCACCAAUAAUUUAAGCUUUAUGAUGAAUUUGCCUUGUCAAGUAGUAGUUUUUAAAGUAACUUGAAAAAAUGCAAAAAUAUUAUAUAUUGUGAUCUGUCCCUGUUUUCCAGGUCCAGACAUUAUCAUCAGCUCCCCCCUCAAAUCCAAACUCUGUGUCACGGCAGAGAGUGAGGAAAAGGACUAAAGUCCUGUCUAUAGCCCGCAAGUGAGUUGUUGUGUUUGCUCCUGGUAAGAUAAGAUGUUUAGUGCUUGAGUCAAUUCUUUGCUUUGCGGACAGCUGGCUAAUUCAUCUCAACUUGAGAAACCACAAAGAUAAGCUGGAGUACCAUUCUACUCAGGAGCAGCAGAUAACAAAUAUGAGUGUGAGCAGUUGUUCACUUUGACAUGGUCUUUAAGAUGGAUUCUGAAAACAGCUUCAGCCUGUACAAUAAUAAUAAUAAUAAUAAUAAUAAUAAUAAUUAUAAUAAUAAAAUUUAUUAUUUCAACCUGAUUGAGCUCAAUAAUGCACAAUAUUGAAUUUCUCUUUAGGGAUCAAUAAAGUUCUUUUUCUAAUUCUUUUUUUUCUUUUACCUCUUCUUCCAGCAUUAAAUCUCAUCUGUACAGUUUGCUGAAUGUCAAAGACAGUUUAAAUUUGAAGUAAUCCUCUCUAAUAAGAAUAUUAUUUGAAUCCUUCACUAUUAACCUGAGGUGUCUAUCUUGUUUAAUAAGUUCUUAGAAGUAUCGCAUUAUAAAACCACACAAAAAGUGAAAAGAAUAUAAUGGUGCAGUAAAAGUUCAGCUUCAAACACUUGUCUUUCAAAUAAAAUAAUAAAAGCUCAUCUUCACAAAAUGAAUACUGUGUGUUGUUGAGGUGAUAUGUUGUUUGUUUAAGGAUCCUACGCAUCCGAAGGGAACCUCCCACCCUGCAGCCUAAAGAGCCUCCUCCCUGUCUCCUGGAGGCUGACUUGACUGAGUUCGACGUACAGAACUCCCACCUUCCCUCAGAAGUGUUGUACAUGCUGAAAAAUGUGAGGUGAGGGAUAACAAACCUUUUACUUCUAAGCUCUGAAUGAACAGGAGUGAUUCUAGUCUUAUUUACAGUGUUAAACAGACAAAGGGGAAAUGUGUGUUCAUUUACUGAACACAUUGUUUAUCUAUAGUAAUGAUAAUAUUAAUAGUACAUUUAGGCACCUUUCUUAACACUCAAGGUCAUUUUACAGAUAAAAACAGUCCAAUGAUUGACUGCUAAAAUACAUUUCUUUCUACAUUACAUCUAUAUCAGGUAUUCAUUUGUUUUACGUCAGUGUUGAACUGAUUCAAUUUUUACCGUGGGAAAACCUUAAAUUGUCACAGCCAAUACUGAAUAAAGUGGUUAUAUAACUGCAUUAAAUGUUCAUGUGUGUUCUAAACAGGGUUCUUGGACACUUUGAAAAGCCUCUUUUCCUGGAGCUGUGUCGUCACAUGGUGCUGAUCCAGCUGCACCAGGGAGAAGCGCUCUUCAGACCGGGCGACACUGAUGACAGUAUUUAUGUAGUCCAGGAUGGUCGUCUGGAGCUGUGCAUCCACGAGAGUGUAAGGCUAAUGACACCGUCUGCACCCACUGAGAAAUCACGAGCAGGUUUCUCAUUGAGCUGUUUAUAAAUCUUGAACCUAUUUAAUGACAGGAGGAAUCAAACACUUUUCCGCCUCAUGUUGAGUUGUGAUUGUUUUUACCCUGCAGGAUGGAACGGACGCUGUGGUGAAGGACGUUUUACCAGGAGACAGUGUUCACAGUUUACUCAGCAUCUUGGACAUCAUAACUGUACGUCUUCCAGGACAUAUGUGACAUAACCAAGUUUCAAAAUAAAAGACCCAACCUUUUAUAAAUCCUGAUAUUUUCGGGUGAUUUUGCAAAAUUACAAUAAUUAGCUAUAAUAGUAUAACAUUUUUUACCCCUCAAAAACUGUGUAAAAGUGCCGUACUAGCUUUGUUUUUUUGUAUCAGGCUUAAACAUAUUCAAUGAAUUAGUGUGAACAGUAUAGUCAUGUUUUGGUUAUUUGUUGCAGAUUUAGUGAUGCACGCAAUAUUGUCAUUUCACACAUUUUAAGGCCAUCUAAAGUGUUAUCUUACAACAAUUAUAUCCCCCAAACCUAAUUCUUUUUUCUUCAGAAUUCAAUAAAGUUCUUCUUUUCUUAUCUACAUUUAUCUUAUCUAAUCUCAUCUCAUCUUAUCUUAUCUAAAUGUAUUUUAUCUUAUCCCAUCGAAUGUAAUCUAAUCUCAUCUCAUUUUAUCUUACCUUAUCUCAUCUUAUCUAAUCUAAUUUUAUCUAAGUUUAUCUUACUUUAUUUUACUUUAUCUCAUCUCAUCUCAUCUUAGUCCCUCAAAAUUGGCCCACUGCACCUGUAACUCUGACUUUUCUGACUUCUCAUAAAAUCUCUCUCUCCACCUCUCUUCACACACUAUGUUUUUUCCCAUUUUCAGGGCCAUCCAGCGCCUUACAAAACAGUGUCUGCGAGGGCUGCAGCCCCUUCCACCGUGCUGCGUCUUCCAGCUGCAGCUUUCCAGUCUGUUUUUGAGAAAUAUCCUGAAACCCUGGUCCGUGUCACACAGGUAAAGUGCUAACUUAGAGAGCUACAAGGUAUAAAACACACCGUUUUAUCAAGUACAUAAUAACGAGCCAAUCUUCUUGACUUGUCUGACUGUUUGGAAAUGUUCUUGACAGAUAAUUAUGGUGCGUCUCCAGAGAGUGACUUUCCUUGCCUUACACAACUACCUUGGCCUAACCACUGAGCUCUUCAACCCGGUACAGUUCUUUUGUUCAGCAAUAUUUUGAUCUAGAUUAUCUUCAGUAUUUCUUUUUCUCUUUUAAUCCUGUUUCUGAUAUGCAGCGCUGUGUUUUUGAGAGCAUGAGUCGUGUUUUUACAGAUGAUUAGGCUCACAGCAGGAUACCCAAUAGAUUUAAACUUCAACUCAGCUGGAUGGCAGAGGGUCACAACCACAUGGCAGGAAUUAUCGUUUUGUAAAUAUUUAUUCAUGUGUGUCUCACAGGAGAGCCAAGCCAUCUCAUUAGUGUCUGUGGCCCACGUUCUGGGUGAAACUCACCCGCACAGAGGCUUCCGCAGGCAGCCUUCCCACUCUGAUGAAGUGGCCUCUGAAAAAGCAGACACAGGUCAGAGACACUAGUUAUCUCCCACCAUUUCCCUGUGAUGUUGGAGUAUUGUGUGUAAAUGUGUGCAUGUGUGUAAUAGUUGUAGACCUGGCAGUGUUUGUCUGAGGUUAUCUGUAAUCUUGUUUCUGUGUGUCUCAGAAAAGUCUGGCCUCUCUGACAUGCCCACUUCCAGAAGCAAGAAGUCUCGCUCCUUUUCCACACCACUGGCUGUUACAGGUACACACAGCAAAUGUUAGUUUGGACAUGAGAAUGAAGUGCAAAUGUGAAGAAUGAUACUGAAAUUAAAGAUUUACCCAAUCUAAAAAAAAAAAAAACUCAUUUGAAUUUCCCUUUUUAUUCAAAGUCCAAAGUCUAAGGACAAGAUUAAAAACCCCAAACAUUCAAGAAAAAUCCCUUAGAAUUAAUGCCAAUCCAAGCAAACUGUGGAGGAGGAAUGUUAAAGUCAAAAUAAUGAUUUCAUAUUUACCUGCUUACUUUUCACUGCAAGUAGUAUGCAGCCUAUUAAAUUUAUAUGCAUAUACAUAUAUGUGUGUAUAACCCUGAAAUUAAUACACCAAAACUUUUAUCAAUUUUUCUGAAUAUCUGUGUUAUUUUCUGUUCUAUUUUUACUUUUAUACUAGAUUUUUCUAUUGUACUGAUAACGUGCACUCCUGUGAUGUGUGUCUGCUGGGGCUAUCAAAGAUUAAUUAUUUUAAAUGGUAUUAAUCUCUAAUUUUCAAUAGUUAAAUGUGAUUAUUUGCCUUUUUAUUUGCAAGCGGUUGUUGCAGUUUAAGUAGCUUUUAGCCCACAUUAGGCCAGAAUAAAACAGCUAUUAAAAAUGUCUGAAUGAACAGAAAUGAAUCAAGUUUGUCAUUUUGACUGUAAGAUGUGUUAUUUAAAAGGAGCUGCACUGCUACACCAGUGUGGUUUAAAACCACAAGAAGACAGCUUCAAAGUGUUUGGCUUGCAUGUCAGAAAUCUGCCGCACAUUUCACUUCAGUGAAUAACAAACAGAAACCACCAUCAUUGUACUUCGACUUGCUCAGAAAAAAGGCACAACUUGUUGCAAGACCACUAAAAAAGAAGAUAGAUUCUUCCUGAAAAUUACCAAAAGUGAACCAGACCCACUCAAAUUUAACUUGAAAACUUGACUUUAAGUCAAGUAGCAGAGAAAAAUUCAAGAUAACUCAGCAGGAGAAUCUGUUUUAAGCUCUCGCAGUGGUAUUUAGUGGUAAUAAUGAAUUUCUGUUUUUUUCCAUGCAGGUGAAAUGUCACUUGACCUCAACAGAGUGUAUGAGAGGGCUCGAGUAGCCAAAGAGGAGAUGGCAAUUGGUAGUCCUAUGAAGGUGAGGACUUCUAUUUCAAAAAGUUCCUGUGUGGCCACCCUUAGUUCAUGAUUCAAGUUUUUUUUUUGCUGUUCAUUUUGCAGACAACAAAAAAUAUCAUCCUUGAAAGAUAAUUCUGUACAAAUCAAAUUGUCACCUGUAUCUCAACAGUGUUUCACAGCAGAUUUUCAGGAUAAUUUUUGGUCAUAAACAUGUUAUUGUUGCGCAAAAUAAGAGUGUAAAAUGUGUUUUUAUUGUGUUUCUCAAAGACAUUCAGUUUAUAUGAUAUUUUUCUUUUCUCCUUCAUCCUCUCAGUCUAUUUUGAAGAAGAGUGUUACAAUGCUGCACACUCCGUCGGCUGUUUAUCACUACAGUGAUGCUGGGGGAGGAAAUGUCAACCACAAUAAAGUCAAUGCCAUUUUCCAAGCUGCUAAAAAGGAUCUGCUACAGGUCAUCCAACUACAGGUAAUAUAAAAACUAUAAUUCUGUAUAAAAGUCUCUAAAAAGUCGAUGAUGUCUGUGUUACAGAAAUGAAAGAAAAUAGUAUUUUGAUAGUGUAACGAUACGGUUACAUUCAGUCAAGUGCUUUGUAAUCCGUGUUGUUAAUUUGGUGUUUUGAAUCCAUGUUUGGUAAGGCACUUAUAAAAGUCGUGGGUGCUGCCGUAACUAACUUACAUUAUUAAAAACUUACAUUCCUUUGUCUCUUAAAAAUGUCAUUCCUUGUCAACAGAACCCCUGUCUGCUGGAGGGGAGGGUAAAUCUGCGGCAGGUCAAAGCUGGCUCUGUUGUGGCUCGUCAAGGAGACCAGGUCAGUUUGUUACGACAAGACAGGAAAUAACUCAGCGGUAUUGUGACAAAAGAAUACUCAGAGGCACUUUUGGUUUUUAGUACCAAUGGCAAUCUUUUAUAUAUUUGAUUUUUUUAAUAACUAAAAUGAUUUACAUUGUCUUAAUUUCAAUAUGUCUGGUGCUCAAGACAAAGUCCAUCAUCUGCUUAAAAAAUGUUUCUGAACAGGUGAAACAUGAGCGUUAUCCAGGCUAACGAAGUUUAUUUAAAGAGCCGAAAUUAUUGAAUGUUGUAGAGAUUUAACUGACUAAAUUCUAAGGCAAGGAUAUCCUUAUAUGAAUAUUUGCUGUUUCUCACAAAGCAAAACUGUCAAAUAUAUUUCUUCUUUACACAACUUUUCAAAGUUUUUAUUUCAAUAUAGUAUAUAGUAGUGCCUUAGCAUGUUACCUCUAACUACAGAACAUCCCUUGCAGACAUUAAUUCAUGCUGUUGACCUUUACCUUCAUUAUUUAACAACUAUUUUACACAUCAGCUCAUCCCUCUUUCACCUCUCUAAUUUCCUUUCUGCUGCAUCAUUUACAGGAUGUGAGCGUGGCGUUCGUCAUUUCAGGGUUGCUUCAUGUCUACCAGCGUAUGAUCGACCGUGAAGAAGACUCCCUGCUGUUUGUUGCCCACCCGGGGGAGAUGGUGGGUCACCUGGCGGUCCUCACAGGAGAGCCCCUGAUUUUCAGCGUCCGAGCUCAGAGAGACUGCACCUUCCUCUCAAUAUCGAAGGCUCACUUCUACGAGUAAGAUCACACAACAAAGAGUCAUUUCUCUUCCCACCUCUCCAUGAGCACACAAAUAGGUCUGUGCUUUUUACUUUGCAGGAUCAUGCGGGAGGAUCCCAGAGUGGUGUUGAACGUAGCUCACACCGUGGUGAGGAGGGUGUCGCCGUUUGUCAGGCAGAUUGAUUUCGCUCUGGACUGGAUGGCUGUGGAGGCUGGACGGGCCGUCUACAGGUAUCAGAUGGGAUCCUUUCUGAAACGUUCCAGGCAUCAGAAACAGAAACAGUCCAUACAUGUGCACGCCCCGCGGCUAGAUUUGACCAUAAUUAGUUUACACGAAUCAAUACCACAAGUCAAUACAAGUUCAAUAAUAAAUCAAUACAAUUGCCACAGAAGCCAAAUUGCAUCCUGUGCUUUUUUACUCAUAAGAAUAAAGAUAAAUCACUAUGAACUAAAUUAGUGUUUUGUUUAUAAUCCAAUCAACUUAAUUGAAAGAGCGCUUUUCAAAAUACAUUUUUUAAGUUGACUAAUGUGCUGCUUUGAGAAAUUAAAAGCAGUGAUAAAAACUGUAAAAUAUGUAAAUUAUGUAAGCAGGUAAGUACGCUGUAAACUCACUAAAAACAAAUAUACCUCCCAAAGCACAUAAAAUGCUGGAAAGCCACUAAAACACAUCAAAAGUGGGAUAAAAAGAAUUUGAAAAAUCACAUUGAAUCAUAGAGACCACACAACUCAUGAUGAGUUAAAAGUCAGGGAACAAAAACAGUUGAGAGACAAUAUUUAAAGAUCAGGAAAUUUUAGCAGUAGGGCUACAGCUAAGAAGUCAGAGUUACCAUAAGGAGCAGCUGAUCAGUGGACCUCAACUUCCUCAUGAUAUGUAGGAGAUCUUGUUGACAAACGACACUGAGAGCAUUACAAUUGUUAAAAUUAAUGCAUGUCCUAACAUGGUUACAGCAGGGAGCCAUGGGUCCAAGCACCACAUCAUAUACUGUAUUACACAUAUCACCAUGUUUAGGUGGAUAAAAACAGACCUGGCUGUCUGCACACUUUCAUGAAUCCUAUGUGUGAUUUUUUUUAUUUCCUGUAAAUGUUGGAUCUUGUCUUGUAGACAAGGGGACAAGUCAGACAGCACCUUCAUCGUCCUCAGUGGCAGGUUACGUUCUGUUAUUGCAAAGGAUGAUGGGAAGAAGGAGCUGGCUGGAGAGUAUGGCCGUGGGGAUCUUAUCGGCGUGGUGAGUAAACGAAAAAAUGUUGUCCUUAAGUAACAAACUGAUUCUAAGUUGACUUGUUGCUGCUGAAUCAUAGACUGUGUAUGAAAUGGACGUCUUCUACCUCCUCACUGUGUGAAGCCUCCACGAAAACAGCACCCUCUGGUGACGGGCUGCAGUAUAGGUCAUAAAUCCCGCCUCCUCCAGCAAAAUAAAUGGAGUUAUGGACAAACUUUAGAAAUCAAUUAAUUACACAGAAUAUUAAUCUUUGUUUGAGUAGAGCGUCAUCACAGCGACUCUCCCGCUGACUGCUACCGCGCAAAUGCCAGUUUCAGAAAAAUCCGAGAGCAAUUUGACUUCAAAUUCAAACACUGACGAGAGGCAGGGCCAUGUUGUCCAUACUAUAUACAGUCUAUGUCCAGAAUUGUAUUUCUAGUUGUUACAACUUGCAGCUCAACACCUGCUUUGUGUCGUUGGCCAGGUUGAAGCUCUGACCCACAUGAACCGAGCCACCACGGUCCACGCUGUCAGGGACUCUGAGCUGGCAAAACUACCUGAGGGAGCUCUAAACUCCAUCAAGAGAAGGUAUCCUCAGGUUGUGACCCGGCUGAUUCAUCUGCUGGGACAGAAGAUCCUGGGAAACAUGCAGCAGGUCAAUGGACCUCUGGCUGGUAAUCAUGUUCUCUGUUUGUCCAAGAACCAUUGAUAGUACUGUUAACAGUUUUACGGUGGUGAUUGAAUUUAACUGAAUAAGCACAUGCUGCACGCUCAUGGGGGAAAAAUCAAGCAAAUAUUUCUUAAAUGUGCUGAUUGUUCAGCAGGAAAACAGCUGAACAAUCAAUUUAAUCAAUGGAGACAAUAAAAGGUCUGAAAUUGACGACUGAUUGUUUCAUAGUUGGCGUUCAUCAAACAAAACAAAUUCCUUUAUUUACUUGUGCAUUGCCUUUAAAACUGCUCGGCAGUACCUGCGUCUAAAUGGACUUGAGGCACUACGUGGCUCUUACUGAUGUUGUUUCCUCUAGAUCUUGUCUAAAUCUUUGUUUGUGUAGUUCUUGUUCUUGAAUGUAUGUCACUUUAGAUAAAAGCAUCUGCAAAAUGACAUCUUAACUUGGUAAAAGACUUAAAAACUGUGAAUAUCAAAUACCAGCAGCACACAAAAAUAGAGAUUUGUCAUAGAUCUGCUAAUAAACUGUAUUUUUACAUUCUGGUUAAGACUGUGAUGUACUGUAGCCACAAAGCCUUCAGUUCAUCUGAAGAUCCAAAUACCAGCUUAAAGCUCAGCCAAUCAUCUUCUAGGUUCUUCUUCUUGGCUCCUCCCUUCUUUUACUGUGUCUGGUUUUACCUGUGUCACAUGCAUUGUCACUAAUGAAUAAUUAGUCCUCUUUGAUGAAAGUAGUCCUGACUGAACAUCUAAUGAGAAAAACUCCCCUUUCAACUGCAGCUCGUGGCUUGGGUCUCCAAACACCCACCAGUAAGUGGGAUGCUGGGAAUCCAGCCUCCAACCUGUCCACCGUGGCCAUCCUGCCUGUGUCUGACGAGGUUCCCCUCACUGCCUUCACUCUGGAGCUUCAGCAUGCACUCAGCGGCAUUGGUGCGCGCACACACUCUACACACACAUGCUACACACAUGCAGAGCUGAUUCUCCUUGUACAGUUUACAUUAGGGUGACCAUACAUACGUCCUCUUUAACUCGGACAUGUCCUCUUUUUGGGGGGGCUGUCCAGGCUGUUUGGGCUUGUCCAGCUUUGUCCAGGGAAGUUUAUAAAAUCUGUCAAAUGUCAGCAGUUUUGUAUGAGAGUUUCGGGUUUGUGCUACGUGGACUUACUGAAUUAGAAGCGCGUAAAAGACACGACCCGAAAAACUCUUAAAAUUAACUUUGUGCAACUCUGUGACUCCGCCCCCACGUAGUCGUGUCCUCUUUUUGGGAAGUCAGAAUAUGGCCACCCUAGUUUACAUGAAUAAUAAUGAUUGACAAUGAGACAGAAAAUCAUUUAUUUACAUUUACCAUGCUUAUGUGUGUUAAUGAAUCUCCAUGAAGAAACAGAGAUUUUAGUAUACUGUAGGUGUUCUAUUUCUCCUCAACCAAAGUGGGCAGAAUCGAUCGCAGAUGUUUAAAUGUUAAUGUGACUUGGAUAGAAAGACAGAAGUUCUUCUAAUAAAAUACAUACGGUGCUUUUCAUUUUAUGAGUACUCUGUAAAACUCACAUCCAGAAAAGCUUCUAAGUACCUAAACUGGUUUAUCAGUUUAACAGGAUGAUUAUGGAUUAGCAUGGGUAGUAAUGGCCUUUAAUGUGGAGAUGUGCUAUAGAAACUACACCCUGAUGCACUGUUUGUGUGCACAUCAUAAUUUGCAGUGUCAGGUGUCCUAUAUUUACAUUUCGUUUCAUUGCUCUGUUUACCAAAGGCCCUACAUUGCUCCUGACCAGUGACACCAUCAAACAGCGACUUGGCUCUGCGGCUCUGGACAGGUAACUAUUUCAUUGUGUGAUUAUACAGGACAAAAUAGAAAAAGGCUGCUUUGGACAGACCAUAAAUAAGUUGUCCGAUAUGUGUCCCUGAUCAUCUUUCAAAGUGUCCAUGAGUACCGUCUGUCCAGUUGGCUCGGGCAGCAGGAAGACAUCCAUCGAAUCGUCCUUUACCAGUCCGACUCCACCCUCACACCCUGGACACAGCGCUGUAUCCGCCAGGCAGACUGCAUCAUUAUCGUAGGACUGGGUGAGCAGGAGCCGACUGUGGGUGAGGUCAGUGUAAACAGACUCGAAGCUUUUAAGCUACUGGAGGUUUCCUUCAGCAGAAAGCACACAGAAGGUUCAACAGGCGAGCCAGAAGAGCCAUUAAAUGAAUGCCUCUGUUUUUCUAUGAAUUUUGUGAUUUGAAGUAUAUGUGGAAGUACACAUAAGCCUUAUGUUUAAAUGUCUAAAAUCUGUCGGGACAAUUUUCAGAUUGAAGUCAUUAAAGUAUUUAUGAAGACAACAUAAAUAAAAGUGAGACUUGAUAACAAGAACAAGGAAGAUUUACCACAUUGAAUAUCCAAGGAAGGGUUUUAAAAUACUAAUAAGUAAGUAAGCAAGUUUAUUUAAAGCUUUUAGAGUAGGAAGUUAUCCAAAUAUGAUAUUGUCAAAACUAUCCAUAUGGCUCCUAAGUAUACUGUAUUACUGUAACUAAUUGAAAAUCACGUUUUGAUUCCUCAGCAGCCAAGCCUAAGUUGUUCAUUUUACACUUUCUGCAUAAUGUUGCAACAGUAACAGCAAAAAACAUCCUUUGAAAGAGAGAGGGAGUAAGUGAGAGGGUGAGAGAGAGCAGAUGAAUGAGGGAGUUCAGAGAAGCAUGCCAUUGAACACAGAGGGGGAGGGGAAAAAAAGAAAAGUUCUCUUGGACAUCUAUCUUGUUGUAACCCAGUUUCCUAGGGAAGUGCAUGAACAACAUUUUAGACCGUGGUCUUCAAAGAAAGCUGCUGUCUGAACAGGAACAGCCCCAACAUGUGCUGAGUGUGCACCCUAUGCCCUCAUUUGUGGGAACUGAUUUGUAAUCUGUGCACAUAGUUUGCAAACCUUGGCUCAUUAUAUUCCUAACCUGGUACCUGGAGGACUCCCUCGCACUUGCAGCAGUCAGUGGGUAGUUGAUCCUUCCCCUUUUCCCCUUCAGCUGGAGCGGAUGUUGGAGGGCAGUGCAGUUCGUGCUCAGAAGCAGCUGGUCUUGCUGCACAAAGAAGACGGCCCACCCCCCAAAGGGACGGCUGAGUGGCUGAACAUGCGGAGCUGGAUCUCCAGACACCAUCACCUGUCCUGUCCCCGCAGAGUCUUCUCCAGGAGGAGUUUACCUAAACUGGUACUCAACUUCCACACAACACAGCUAUUAAUCUGGCUUUUUUAAUCUGGAGGUUUCAGCCUGGAAAACAGGUUAAUUUUUUUAAUCUAUGUUGUCUGUUGUUUUCAGAGAGAGCUGUAUCAGCGUGUGUUUGAAAAAUGUCCAGACCGUCACUCUGACUUCUCUCGUCUGGCCAGGAUCCUGACAGGAAACAGCAUUGCUCUUGUGCUUGGUGGAGGCGGUGCCAGGUAAAACACACUGGGUACACUAGCAUAGUUUGACUUUACUCAAAAGAGGAAUCAUAAACUUAACUAACAAUAAUAACUUUAUUUGUAUAGCACUUGUAUAGCACAAAUCUCUCAAUAGCACAGAAAAAGUCAGGAAAUUUCAACAAGAUGUAGAAUUGGAUAUAGAAGCUUUUGCUAUUAAAGGAGGUUUUUUAUUGUUUAAUUAAGUAUGUCUUUUGAGGUAAAAUCUACAUAACAUUAUCAUUGCAAAGCUUUACAUCAACUGUUGAGAUUUUUUAUUGUCUACAGAAUUACUUCCAACUAUUUGCAACCAUCACCUUUGUAAAGUGAUAAUGCUUUGUGAGAGCACAUAAGAUCAUUUUUUAUUUUAUUUUUAUUUUACUUCAAUAAAAAAUAAAAAUGUAUCAUAAAAAGUAUUAUUUAUUAUAGUUUGUUUUGUAUUAUUAUUAUUAUUCCAGCACGGAAAUUUUUUUAUUUAAAAAAAAAAAAAAAAAAUGUAAGAAAAGAUAAAUUUGAAUUUGCAGCAAAUUAGUGCAAAGUGGCGGAGCAUGACAAGAUAAAUAAAUGUGUAGAAGAGUGUAAACUUCAUCUCAUUUGGAAUUGUUCUAGUCACAGUACAAACAGGAGACAUUAGGUAAUGUAAUUCCUGAGAUGUUUGUAUUUCAGACACUGAUCUUUGAUGUUUUCACUCUGAUUGAUCUGUCUCUUUUCCUCACUGCUCUGGCUUCUCCUGGAGCUCAGAUAAGGUAGGGACAGCAUUUCUCUCAGCUGUGACUGGAGACUCCUGUGAGACGUGUGUCGGCAGCAGAUAUGGUGUGCUAGCUGCCACUGUUUAGCUCUUAGCUCCCAUUAUUUUCAAUGUGUGUCUCACCUGUCUGUGCCCAAAAAAUAUUGUGUAUCCACUUGUCAUUUGGACCACAAGUAUGUGAAAGAAUAAAAAAGGACCAACAUUAGAAAUAAUAGAGACUCUGAUUAUAGAAGAGAACGAUAACCCAGUUAACGUGUUAUUAAGGUGUAAAUUUGAUGUCAUGCAAUAUUUGCAAUGUUAGUUGAUGAAAUCUGAUACUUUUCCAGGGGUUGCUCACAGGUAGGGAUCCUGCGGGCGCUGAAUGAGGCAGGAAUCCCUAUCGACUUGGUGGGCGGCACAUCCAUCGGUUCCUUUAUGGGAGCACUGUAUGCAGAGGAGAAGAGCAACAGUCGGAUGAGGGUCCGGGCUCGAGAGUGGGCCAUGGUAUGUAGAUAUUGUACACACAGUACAUAGUAUAUAUAUAUUCAAGAUACAUGUUAUCUGAAGUGUCCACAGAGCUUCAUUUUGGUGGAUUUAGGUUGUUCUUUUCCUCACAUGUUUCUGAAUGUUUACCGUAGCAUCAUGGGCCUUUAAGUAACACAAUUUCAAUCCUCUGUAUGUGUUACACAUAAUACAGAAUUGACAAUAAAGCUGCCUUAAACCUUGAACCUUCUCCUUUCUCAGGAUAUGACGUCUUUCUUCAAGAAGAUCCUCGAUCUGACUUACCCUGUGACAUCCAUGUUUUCUGGAGCUUCCUUCAACUCGGGCAUUAGCUCUGUCUUCAGGGGUAAACAGAUUGAGGUGAGUUGAGAGGGGUUUUAGAUGAUUACUACAAGUGUCAUGACUUAGAAGUGAUAUCUCUACAUUUAUCAAACAUUUUCCAUGUAUUCAUACAAAAUGACUAAAGACGCUGAGAUUUUUGAUAAAUAAUGACCUUGUGAGAUUUUCUCUUUCAGUAAUGACAGGGGAUUUUUUCUUUUACCAGGACCUGUGGCUGCCGUACUUCAACAUCACCACAGACAUCACAGCUUCCUCCAUGAGAGUUCACACUGACGGUCCGUCCAGCUUUUCUGUGUCUAUAUUUCUAUAAAUAAUAAACAACAAUAAACCAUAUUAUUUAUAUUCUGUACAUAUUCUGUACAUUCAUGUACAUAUCUCUUUCUUUUUUCUUUACUUAACUCUAAGUUUCCUUAUCCUUUAUUUCUCUUUCUGUGUCUGUAUGCUGCUGUAAAUUUGGAAUUUCCCCCUGUGGGACUAUUACAGGAACAUCUCAUUUUAUUUUUACGUUGAAGAAGCUUUUUACUUUACCGUAAAAAAAUUAGACAUGCAGGACUUUGCAUGUCUCAUAUUGUGCAUAUUUGCUUUAACAGAAGGCUAAGAAGAAUACAGUAAAUUUUUUGGUGUCAUAGCCAUGAAGAAGAAAAAAAUUGGCAAAGAUGCCUUUCAGUGUUGGAUAACCAGACUCAGCAGCACUGCAGUCCUUACCGGGACCUAUUUGCUUCACAUUUUAAGUUUUGUGAGAAGGUUUUACCCUCUGUGAUUUUGCCAUAUUCUUAGCCAUACUUCCAGUUAUUUCAGAUUAUUUCAAAAUUGUACAUUGUGAGAAGUAACAUCAUUUGAAAAGAGUAUGUUUAUUUUAUGGAGUCACAUCAAGCUAAAGUGCUUGAUGACUAUUUUGUUCCUAGAAGAAUAACUCUGUUAAAAUAUAACUUCAAACUUUUUAAAUCUAGUGCAUGUGAUUUAAUGCUGAAAAAACAGGAAUUGUGUUCUACUACCAAGUUCUCCUUCCAUUUUGAGCUCUGUUAUGUGAAGUAAAUCUGGUCCUAAGUCAGCAAUCUUCACUUUUAUGUCCAUCCGUUGUACUCGUCUUCUCCUUUCAGGUUCUUUGUGGCGAUAUGUACGGGCCAGCAUGUCACUCUCUGGCUAUCUGCCACCUUUGUGUGAUCCCAAAGAUGGACACUUGCUCAUGGAUGGAGGAUACAUCAAUAACCUCCCUGGUGAGAGACCUCUUAGCUUUGAAUGUCAAGAUCCAAGUCUUUAACUGACUCCAUACACACAAUCUUAUUUGAGUAUCAUUGCCAGACUCUUAUAUCCUCACAUACCACACCCAUGCAAAUAACUUUUAUCAGAUUUCUUACAGGGCCUUUUGGGACCUGAAAAGGCUUAUAUGAACUUCACAAACCCCACACUGACAGUGCCUAAGCGCCCAAAUUUUUUUUUUUUAUGUUUAGAGCUGGUGGUUUCACUUUUGAGCUCACCUAAAAACUUUUUUCCAGAUUAUUAUGAGUAUUAUGAGUAUUUUUCUGUAACAGUACAAACUUAACUUCAUCAAAAAACAUUCAGAGCUCAAAAUAAAGACAUCCACUUUCCACACUCAAGAUUGACCAGGAAAUCAACUCAAAAAAAUAUUAAUUUGAAUGCUAUUUCUGAUUUUUGACUUUUACAGAAUCGUUUGUAAAAGUGGUCAUCUGAGCCAUAAAAGCCAGAAUGAAUGUGUUGUCUCUCAUUUUCAUUUCCAGCUGACGUGGCUCGCUCCAUGGGGGCAAAGGUUGUGAUCGCCAUUGACGUUGGAAGUCGGGAUGAAACCAACCUGACAAACUACGGGGACUCCCUGAAUGGCUGGUGGCUCCUAUGGAAACGCUUCAAUCCUCUGGCAGAGAAAGUGAAGGCAAGCUUUCUGUUGGCCUCUGAUGAUGAUAUUGUGAAUAUUGAGCAAAACUGAUGUGAAAACGAUGAGAAAAUCAGAUAAUACCAUAUAUGCCAAGUUUACAGAAAAUGAUGGUGGCUGGUCUAGAAUCCUUAAAUCUCAGGCAAUUUAAUAAUAUUAAGCGUAAACUUAUUCUGCUGACCAGGUCCUGAACAUGGCGGAGAUCCAAACCCGGCUUGCUUAUGUCUGCUGUGUGCGGCAGCUGGAACUGGUCAGAGACAGUGAAUACUGCGAGUACAUCCGGCCGCCCAUCGAUCACUACGGCACUCUAGAGUUUGGCAAGUUUGACGAGAUUGCUGUAAGUUUCCUCUUUAUGGAGCUCAUCUCUCCUCUGAAGGGGUUGGAUGUUCCUUUAAUUCUUCUUCACUGUGGCUGCAGGAGCUGGGAUACCAGCACGGAAAGACAGUGUUUGAUGUGUGGCAGCGCAGCGGCGUGGUGGACAGCAUGCUCAAGGACAGACAUCAGGAGGAGUUCCACAAGACCAAAACUGGCCACGUGAGUAUGAACUACAGACAUCACAGGUAGAGUGUACGUUUAAAGCAGUAACUGUUUUUCUUUUUUGUGUGUGUUAGUUUUUCAGUAUUUUAAAUCUGAUUGAUAUGGAUUUAAUUUUCAUAAUGUUUAGAAAUAUCAAAAUAACCAUAUCUAUUUCGUUACUGCACGAGAUGCUUCACUGCCACACUGUUACUAUGUUAGUGUGAUUAGAUGAUAAGACAUAAAAUAAUCUUAAUUAUAGGCACAAAUCAGAGCUCAUAGGGAAUGUGAAUAAAGUGAAACUGCAAUCGAUUUAAGUCCUGAUUGGUAUUAUUCACUUUUGGUCUUUCAGGUGGUCACCUGUCCAAAUGCCUCCUUCACUGACCUGGCAGAGAUAGUGUCCAGAAUUGAACCUGUUAAGAAUGCUGUGGUGGAUGGUGAGUAACCAGUGAAGGUGACAAUGCAAAUCAAUUUAUCCCCACACUGUAUAAUUCUUACAUUUGGGGCCUGAAGUCAGUUCUCUGUACGGUUAAGUUUACCCAAGCUUUAAAAUGACCCUUUAGUGUUGAUCAUAACAAAAGUUUAAUAACAGUCAUAAAAAGAAGAUUUUUUUUCUUGCUGUUAUAAAUUAUGCUACACACCAUAAAGAUUGAUAUGCUGGACAGAUUUCUGUGACUAUAUGCUAAUGAAGAGAUGUGAGAUGGAGGGGGCUGCACAUGGAGAAAUGCCCUAAGCUGUUGAGGGUAUAGUACCUUACUAAAGGGCACAGGUAUCAAAGGAAUUAGCACCUCUCCUGCUAUUGGCCCAAUUUUCAUAUUUUAGUUUGUACUGGGACUAAAAACAGCAACCCUAAAGGGCUCAGGCAACCUACCAGUGAGCCACUGCUGACUCCUAAAACAAAGCUUUCUCUGCAGUGCUUUAAAUUUUGAAAUUACUUAAAUGAUAAGAUGGUUGAGUUAUAAAAUAUGAUUAAAACAUAUCAAAAGUAAUCUAGAAAAAUCAAGAAGUAACCAAAUCAUAGGGGUCAUGAAUGUCUAUGAAGAGAUUUCAUCCUCAUAUUCAUAUGAGCUAGCAUUGACAGACGAUAUUUGAAAGUAUUAGGUAUUUCACAGUAGGGCUGAGCAACAAACCGAAAAUUUACCCAUACCGAAAUUUACAACAAUAACCAACGUCAUUUUGCCCAUGUCAAUAUACUAUGUGUCAAAAAAAUAGAUAAAAGAAAGUUGGUUUUGGAUGUGUGUAGGUAGGCUAUGGUCUCAUGUCUCUUUAAGAUGUUGUCAUAUGUCUGAAACAUGACUCCAUCUCAUCCAGUCAAAAACAAAGAGGGAGACAGGUGAGUAGAUGGAGGACGGUUCAAAAGUUCUAGCAGCUCAAGUUAAUGUGGGAGGGGGUGAGCAGCUUGUUGAGUGGUUAUCGUCCAUUUAUCGUUAUCAAGAUGAACUGUUCAAUAUAUCCUGAUAUUGAUUUGAGGUCAUAUCACCCAGCCCUAUUUCACUGUGUCUUCUAAAAAAAAGGCAUAAUUCAUCCUAUGUCUUUAAAAAAAGCUACACGACCAACAGUUGUAAUUGGACAACUAUUAAAAAAUUUAAAAUAAUUUAAAUAAUUAAUCACAAUAUUGACAAUAAUAAGUACAAAAAGCAAAACUCAUGUUGUCUCUUCUUUUGUCCCUGCAGAGGAACUUUCUGAUGAGUACCAGACAGACUACGAUGAAGAGGCCGUAGAAAGCGCUCUGUCUGAUUUUGAGGCGUUCAACGCUGGCAGUGAAUACACCGAGGGAGAGGAGACAGCAGAUACAGCAGAAACAGUAUGUAUUUAAACACAACAAAUGCUUAUAUGAACCAACACCACUAUAUACAAUGACGCAUCUGGUUAAAGUAAUCAGAUCGUACUGAUGACUUUCCAUUUCUCUGGGUUUGUAUAGGAUGAAGAAAUUCAAGUCAGACCUCGCCGUAGGCCUUAUAACUCAUCGGAAAGCUCUCAGCAAUGACAGCCAUGAUCUGUCAGGGCUACUGACUGUGUCCACGGUGCACAUUUCAAUGAAGUUCAGCUGGUGAUGCUGAACAAUAAAUGCAUUACGAACAUUCAGUCAAGAAGGACGCUCAGUGUUUGCCUUAAAGACCUACAACUGUGAAUGAAGUCAGUGAUUUGUAGGUUUAAACUUUGUAGAGGUGUGAAGAGCUCCAUUGUGUCUUAUGGUUUCCUGCCUUUUUCAGUAUGUUUUAGUGGUUUGGACAAUUCAGCAACACUAUAACCUUUUGAUAGUUGUGUUUUCCAAACAGGGAAAAUCUAUGAAUUCACUCUGGCAAACAUGAGGAAUCAUUGUAUAGAAUAACAAGAAUACAGCAGAAGGUGCUGUAUUGCUCGUUUAACAUGAGUAGAAAUUGUUGUCUUAGCUGAGCAAUGGAAAAACAGGGAAAUGUGUGAAAUUUGAUUCUUGCUCAAGAGUAGCACACAACAUAAAAAUGCAGAACAACCCUUUAAAAUAAUCUUUUAUUCUAUGCAGGGCCAUUUUAUGACACAGGUCUAUGCUUAGCGGCCUCCUACCAUCAUAAACCGAGAUACACACGGAAUUUCUGCACAUUUUAUUAUUAUUAUGUAAGAUAGCAUAAUAUACAGAAUACCACUACUCAAAAAAGAUAAAGGGAACUAUUUAAUUUGAUUUAAUUGUUUUUAUUACUUUAAAAAAGACAUGACUGAAAUAACACUGUGCAUGACUGUGAUUGUAAGGGACUUUCCCUUUGUGGGACUCAUAAAGGAGUAUCUUAUCUUAUCUUUCAAGAAAAUUGUCCACCAUUUUUCUAAACACUAAACUGACUGGUCUCCUACCUACAUUUUCAAACAGAAUUUAGCUGUUUGGUCCUUUUGUCUUUAAUGUGAUUUACUUGUGCCCUAAAUGAAGUACAUCUAAAGUAUUACUGACCCUCAAAUGGGAGUUUUAUGACCUACCUAAGAACAAACUCGUUCCACGUCCUCCGUGGUUCAAGCUGUUUGAAUUUGUUGAACAACAAAGAUAAUGAGGUCAUUCAUAACAGUGUAUUGUUAAUUUCACAUACGUCAAAGUGCCUGCUAUUCAGUAUUUGUAAUAACCAACUCAAUACUACAAGAUAUAAUGCAUCUAAUUAAAAAAAUAACCUUGACUUUUUUAUUUUACUUACGCUAAGAAACCUCAACUAACAGUUAAUCAGUGUUUUACUGACCAUGACUGGACUUCCUUCAAAAUUUUGCUGUUGUGCCAUUAAAUCUGAGUUUACCACAGACUCAUCCUUCACCUUUCAAAUUUCACUUUUAUACUGUUCAAUAGAGUUCUAACAUUUCACAUCCUCACCUAGUGCCAAAUUUUUUUUUCAUCACAAAAACUCACCUGAAGUUUUCUGAAGAACUGUGAGGAUCUAGACCUAUAGGGCUACCUGAAAAUGGUAAUACACUAAAACCAGAACCUGCAUUUUGAUGCAAUCCGAUGCCUUUUUUAGCUGCUUUUUGUUCUGUUUUGUGGUUACAGAGCUCCUGUGGUAUUGUUUUGUAGUGUUGUAUUGUUUUAAUGUCUGAAAGGGAGAAAGUGUUAUAAUUUUAAGUGUUUUGAUUUUCAUACGUUGUUUUUGAAUGUUGAGUGAUUCUGAUGUAAACAAUUUUGUGAUAUUGGGAAAAGCCACUAUGUGUGAAAAUGUUCUUCGAGAUGCUGCAUUUGAAAGUGAAACCCUUGUCUGUUUUCUGACCUAUUACGUAUUAAAUAGUUUAAUAAUAUAGAGUAAUUAUAAAUAUUUCAUUCUGAAUUUAAGUGAACCAACGGUUAUAUGCACUAUUUCAUGGAAAUGUUUAGUAUUUUUUCUAUAAGUUGUACUGAAGGGAAAGCCACACUUGUGGAAAUCUGAAUGGAAAAAAAAAAUUGCUUUAGUUUAAUUUUAGGCGGAUUGUCAAAUGGAGAUAAAACUGUUUGUUGCAAUGUUGAAAUAAACUUCUCUCAUUCUGUGA